AUGGAGUCCAUUAAGCAGAGCUACCAACAAGGAAAAGCCAGGAGUGAGGCACAGCAAACGACAGAGAACAUGAUGGACAAGGCAAGCAAUGCAGCUCAAUCUGCUAAAGAGGGCAUGCAAGAGGCUGGCCAGCAAAUGCAGGCAAAGGCACAAGGAGUUGCUGAUGCUGUGAAGGAUGCAACCGGGAUGAACAAAUGA